AUGGGGGACAAAAUCUACGUCCAGAAAUGUAGGAGCCUAACAAACACGGUCGUUGCAGAAAACACAUUCGAUUUGGUCGAGGACCUCGAAAGUGUUCGGCUUGGCGGAGGAAGAAGCGCUUUGGAGGCUAAGAUGAAUCUCCUGCGUGAGAAGUUUGUGGGUUUUAUAGGAUCCAUGAGCGAGGAUUCCGCUUCAAGGUGCCUUAAAUUCGGAAGAGGGAACGGACAUCGAAGAAGAAGAAGAGUUGGAAGAAAGAUGACGGCGAGAAGAUGA